CAGGGGCGGGCAGAGGCCUCGCGGGCAGCGCGGGGAGGAGCGAAGGGGCCUAGAGGGCUUCACGAAAACCUAGUGGGGCUGGAGGCCCGGUGCUGAGGCGGUCGUGGCGCGCUGGCCGGAGACCUAGCCGUUUUCCCAGAACCGCCCGAGGAGGCGGCCUGAAGGGUGGACAGACAGACGGCAGGGAGGGCCACUAUGCCCCCACUGCUACACCCCGCCUGGCCACUGCUCCUGGGCGCCACGCUGACCUUCCGGGCACUCCGGCGCGCGCUCUGCCGCCUGCCCCUACCUGCUCACGUGCGCACCGACCCUCUGCGCACCUGGCGUUGGCACAACCUGCUGGUUUCCUUCGCCCACUCCAUUGUGUCAGGGAUCUGGGCGCUGCUAUGCAUAUGGCAGACUCCUGAAAUGCUACUGGACAUUGAGAUGGCGUGGUCACUUUCAGGCUAUUUGCUUGUUUGCUUCUCUGCAGGGUACUUUAUCCAUGACACAGUGGACAUCGUGGUUAGUCAACAGGCUCGGGCAUCUUGGGAAUAUCUUGUUCAUCAUGUCAUGGCUAUGGGUGCCUUCUUCUCUGGUAUCUUUUGGAAAAGCUUUGUUGGUGGAGGCGUCCUAAUACUACUGGUAGAAGUCAGCAACAUCUUCCUCACAUUACGCAUGAUGAUGAAGAUCAACAAUGCCCAGGAUCAUCUCCUCUACCGGGUCAACAAGUAUGUCAACUUGGUCAUGUACUUUCUCUUCCGCCUGGCUCCUCAGGCCUAUCUCACAAAGUUCUUCCUCCAGUAUGCAGGCCAGAGGAACCUGGGUGGAUUUUUGUUGGGCAUCCUGCUCAUGCUCAAUGUGAUGAUCCUCGUCUAUUUUUCCCGUCUCCUACGAUCUGAUUUCUGCCCUCAGCGCACUCCCAGCCGCCAACACAAAGACAAGUUCUUGACUGAGUGAGAACCCAGGACAUGUGGCAAGGACUGCCAACAGCCUUGUAACAAACUAGGACAUUGCCCCAAGCUUGGAUAUACUCUGGGAUCAGGCUCUCCACCUUGGUUCUACACCCACGUUAUUUAAAACACUAAUGAAAGCUCUCCUCUGAAGUCCUUUUUAUUGGGCAAGGAGUGAUGGGGCAGACAGACCGGUUCGACAUGGUAGAUGGGUGUGAGGGCAUGGCACUAUCCAAAAGCCAGCCAAUCCACACUACCCUGAAAUGGGUGCUGACAACUCUAAAAUAACCCCUUUGCUCUUCCAAAUUCUGGAUAAACUCUUCAGGAUAAAGGAAAGAACUCUUGUAA